UCCAAACCACUCCAAACCAGUCCAAUCCAAUCCAAACCAGUCCAAUCCAAUCCAAACCAGUCCAAUCCAAUCCAAACCACUUCAAACCAGUCCAAACCAGUCCAAUCCAAUCCAAACCAGUCCAAUCCAAUCCAAACCAAUCCAAUCCAAUCCAAACCAGUCCAAACCAACCCAAACCAGUCCAAUCCAAUCCAAACCACUCCAAACCAAUCCAAACCAGUCCAAACCGAUCCAAACCAGUCCAAUCCAAUCCAAACCAGUCCAAACCAAUCCAGACCUGUCCAACCCAGUCCAAACCAGUCCAAACCAGUCCAACCCAGUCCAACCCAGUGCAUUCCCCCCCCCCCCAGGUGAACAACUACCGGGGCCCGAGCCGGGUGCGGGUGUCGCUGGUGACCAAGGACCCCCCCCAUCGCCCUCACCCCCACGAGCUGGUGGGCAAGGAUUGCCACGACGGCUACUACGAGGCUGAGCUGCCCCCCGAGCGCAGCGUGCACAGUUUCCAGAACCUGGGCAUUCAGUGCGUGAAGAAGCGGGAGCUGGAGGCGGCCGUGGCCGAGCGCAUCCGCACCAACAACAACCCCUUCAAUGUGCCAGCAGAGCAGCGGGGGGGCGAGUACGACCUGAGCUCGGUGCGGCUCUGCUUCCAGGUGUGGGUGCGGGGUGCGGGGGGGGGGUGGCUCCCGCUGCCCCCCCUCCUGUCCCAGCCCGUCUAUGACAACCGCGCCCCCAGCGCGGCCGAGCUGCGGAUCUGCCGCGUGAACCGGAACUGUGGGAGCUGCCGGGGGGGGGACGAGAUCUUCCUCCUGUGCGACAAAGUGCAGAAAGAGGACAUCGAGGUGCGGUUCUGGGCCGAGGGCUGGGAAGCUCGCGGCUCCUUCGCGCAGGCCGACGUCCACCGCCAGGUCGCCAUCGUGUUCCGGACGCCCGCGUUCCUGGAUCCCGGCCUCCGGCACCCGCGCAGCGUCCGCAUGGAGCUGCAGCGCCCGUCCGACCGCCAGCGCAGCGCCCCAGUGGAGUUCCGCUACCUGCCCCAUCAGGGGGACCUGCAGUGCAUCGAGGAGAAGCGCAAGCGCACCCGGGACACCUUCCGCUCCUUCGUGCAGCGCAGCCCAAUGCCCGGUCUCGCCCCCCCCGAGCCCCGCCCCCCCCGGCGCUUCGCGGUGCCCUCGCGGCCCUGCCCGGCCCCACAGCCCCCCCCCUCCAUGGCCCCCCCCCCUUGUUUCGGGGUCCCGGGGGGGGCGCUGGGGGAAGCUCCGCCCCCGGCCCCGCCCCCCCCCGCAGCCGAGCCCUUGGCCGAGGCCCUGCUGCAGCUGCAGGUGGCUGAGGAAGGUUCCAUUCCGGACGCGGGGGGGGGGGUGUCCCCAUUGGACCUGGGGGUGCUCUUGGGGGACCCCCAGUUCCCCCCCUUGGAGACCAUCAACGCUGCCGAGGUGCAGCGGCUGCUGGGGCCCCCCGAUCCCACCCCUCCGCCUUUUGGGGACCCCCCAUUGGCUUUUGGGGGGGCGGAUGGAGGAGGUGGCGGGGUACCCGCUCCCCCCCCGGCCAUGCUGAUGUCGUAUCCCGAAGCCAUCGCUCGCCUGGUGCAGGGGGGGGACGGGGCUGGGGGAGGGGGGGGGGCGGCCCAGUUUGGGGGGGCAGGGUCCCAGUUUGGGGUUGGGGGGUCCCAGUUUGGGAGUGGGGGGGUGGAAGUGAUGGGGGGAGCGGAUGUAGGGGGGGGGUGCCCUGAUUUGGGGGGGGGGGCGGACCCCGAGGAUUCGUUGCCCUCCCUGGGGGACCUGGACUUCAGUGCUUUGCUCAGCCACUUCCCCUCCUCCUAA